AAAAAAACUACUUUUGUUAUUCAUGAGCAAAGGCGAUCGAAGAUGGUAAUAAGCUAUAGCUAAAAAUCUUCGUUCAGGCUUCAGAUUGAUCCAAGGGGGAGAAAGGGGGAAAAAAGGGAAUGGAGAAGAUUGAGAGCAGCAGCCGCAAAGACCUAUUAGGGUUUCAGCGAACGACGAGAACCCCAUGUCCUUCUUCCUCUUCACCCAACAAUUCGAGAUCUCGUUCUCAAACCGAACAAGGAGCAGGAACCUCGGCGGAUCCAAUCUCAGACGUCCCUAAUUUCCUCGGGACUUGUCCCGAUAUGUGUCCAGGUUCUUUGAAUCGUUCGGUUUCAUAUUUACUGCUUAAGGAAACCAUGGAAUUACAAGUUCGGCGAAUCUUGCAUUAUAAUUCCUCAGUGAAGCUCAGGGCAACGAGCACAAAGGAGCGGGCACAACGUGAGAGGCUGAGGGAUUUAUCGGUGUUUGAGAGGUUAAAUGGAAAUCCAGGAAAAACUUCUCCGAGUCUUGCUGUGAAAAAAUUUUGCAGAACUAUCUCAACCAAUCAAGUUCAUGCAUCUGAUCUACGGCCCCCUUCAGUGCUGCAAAAUACAUUGAAAUAUCUUUUGAAUUUGGUGGAAUCUUCUGACCAUCCAUUUGAAGCAGUUCAUGAUUUCAUCUUUGACAGAACGAGGUCAAUCAGACAAGAUCUUAGCAUGCAAAAUAUUGUUGACAAUCGAGCAAUAUAUAUGUACGAACAAAUGAUCGAGUUCCAUAUUCUAUCCCACCAGAAGCUUUCCAGAUGUGGCAGCAAGACCGAUAUUUCUUCACUGUAUCACCUCAACAUGGAGCAGCUUAUGAAAUGCCUCCUGUCUCUUCUUGACGUCUAUAGUAUCAACCGGAUUUCCAACUUCAUAAGCAAGAAGGAAGCUGAAUUUCAUUCGUUUUAUGUGCUUCUGCAUCUUGGUUGUAAGAUCCCAACAAUGGGGAAUUCACUCUCAGUAUGGUUCCGCCAGCUCCCUUUUCCAGUUCUUCAUUCAAAAGAGAUGCAAUUUUGUAGGACUAUAUUAAGGUAUUUUCGAAUGGGAGAUUAUAAGCGUUUCUUUAGUACGACAGCAUCUGAGGCAACCCAUUUACAGUUGUGUCUUCUGGAGCCACUUCUCAAUGAGGUUCGUGCACAGGCAAUAUCAUAUAUAAAUUAUAGUGGGUACAAGCUUCACCCUUAUCCAUUAUUGCACUUGUCUAAUAUUUUGAUGAUUGAGGAGAGGGAGCUGGAGUUGCUGUGUUAUGAAUGUGGCCUCAAAAUCGUUACAGAUGAAGCAGGCUGUAAACUUUUACCUGCCAAGCAAGUUUUCAGUCUGCCGAAGUCAGGAUUCCAAAGUUGCGGUCUUAGAAAAAUCGAGAAAUCCCAGAGGCUAUGAGAAGUGCAAUUACAGUGUGAUGGGAGCUAAAAGAUGAAGAGGUUUAGGUAGUUAAAGGUAUUUACGGAUUUGAGCAUAUACACAAGAAUCAGUUUGCAUAUUUCUUAAUCACUGAUUGUGUUUGAGCUUGGAGACCCUAUGGUAACAGAGACUGACAGAAUCACAAUGGAAGGAACAUACAUUCAACUUUUUGUUAUAGAAGAGCCCCUACGUUUCGGGAGAACAAUAUCAAAUUACCAUUUUGUGUGGUAGUAAAUAUCCAUUUAAGGUUUUUGUUGCAGACACAUGUCCCAGCAAAAACUUAUCAAAGAAUGUUAAAAACUUCAAUGAGGCUAAAUUCUUGAAUUUUCCAAUGAUAUCUUGCACUGAGGAACUGGAACUAAUGCUUUAAUAUAUGACGGUGAUGUUAUUGAUGUUGCUGGCCACAGUCGGAGCGAAGGACCAACUUAGCUGCGGAUCCUACACCCUCUGGAAGUUGUCGCACUAGUUAUAUAUAUUGCAAGGGGAGCCCAUUCUUGAGUUUGUGGUAAAAGAAGCCUUCUCCUAUCAGAUCAAUGAAACAAGGGUUAGAAAGAUGUCGAUGUUUUCGAUCUGUAUGAUUGCAGCUGAUGAUGUAUUCUAUGUGUAAAUUAACUGUAAAGUCAAAGAUAAAUAGCAAUUGGUUUUGUAUAAAAGCUUAUUAUCUGUGUUGUGCGUUCCAAAUAAAAACUCUGUGUUCGUUUUGCUUUA